AUGGGACGUGCAGUCCUAGAACGCGUCACUAGUGAGCGUGAUCAACGCGAUGAUGGACUGCUGGCAGAUCCCUUUUUCAAAUUGCCCAGUCAAAGACAGUACCCAGAGUACUACGUGGUGAUUCGGCGCCCCAUCUCACUAGCGGAAGUGCGCCAGAAACUGAAGCAAAAAGAGUAUGCAUUUCUACAAGACUUUAAGCAGGAUCUCGAACUCAUGUGCACGAAUGCAAAGCGUUUCAAUGUUCGUGAUAGCGAUAUCUGGCUUAAAGCUCGCGACUUGCACAGUUUGGUCAAAGAUGCGUGUGCUGAAGCGUAUGAUGAAUGGCUCAGUCACGCCGACCAGCGUUUGGAGAAGGUGCCCAUGCGGAGCCACAAGAUUACGCUCCGCGCGCCGCGUUCUUCGACCGUGGAAGCGCCGGUCAUUCAAACCGACAAGAAGACAAACCCAGCCACCACGGACGCCCCCAUGGUGUCUUCUUCCUCCACCUCUGCACCGUCGAAGCCCGAGGUGCACGCGUCUGAAAACGGAUCGAAACCGAUGCCGGCGCAAGACUCGGCAGUAGCGCCUACGCCUGGCUCGGCUGGCGCUGUAGAAGUGGCUUCAGCUGCUGCUCCAGAUACUUCAGCCACACCUGAGGCCGCCUCCCCACACACACCGGCGACGCCGGCCAAGAUGGCUGUGCCGUCCACCUCGGUCUCACAGACUGCAUCUCCCGGACCAGCUGAGCAUGCCGAACAAAGUGCAUCGUCUGCUCCAGCCGCAUCCACGACAUCCUCUACGCCGCAUACAUCUGCCGCACCAGCAAAGACAACGACGACAACGCCCAUGUCAACAGCAUCCACUUCUCGUCCAUCGACCAUGACACCAGGGCUGGCCACGUCCACGCCUGACUCACAACGCACGUACUCGCCGACCGUGGCGCGCAUCAUCGAGUCUGCAUCUCAACCAAACCAGAGUCCUACGGUUCCGUCGCCCACGACAGCGUCGUACCUGGCUGAACGACGACGUCGUGGCGCUCCACGAGGAAAACGACUCAAGGCCAUGCUCCGCUGGGCCGUGCAAAAUAUGGUGGCAGCACAAGACUUGCAGGGUCACGCGUACUCAGAGAUGUUCAUGGAGCUGCCGUCUCGUGACGAGUACCCGGACUACUACCAGUUUAUUCGGCAGCCGCUGUGCUUCGCGGACAUUGAGCGCAAGCUAGACUUGAAAGAGUACAUUAACCCACAUGCACUAGUAUCGGACAUUCGUUUGAUGCUGAGUAAUGCACAGUUCUACAAUGAAGAAGGCUCUCAAAUAUGGAAUGAUGCUCAAGCACUUUGGCGACAUCUAGAUAAUGUGCUUAUACCUGGCUUGCUUGCAGAAGGAUUUACUCUGGACCCCAAUGACCACCGUCAAGCGGCCUUGCCGCCAGGUACCCCUGGCGCUGUGCCGCCGCCACCCCCAUCGGUGUCAGCGCAGACGCCACCCAUUGUGCAUGUCCGAAACCCAAUGCCCACAACGUCGACGACAGCCACGCCAUUGCCCGCGAAAGCACCAACUCAGUCGCACACACAAACAGCUGAUAUGAUGUCCGUCCAAACGCCAGGUUCCAUGACAUCGCCCAUACAAAUGCCGAUUUCGAGGAUGCCGAUGGCAGGUCCAAAGCUUAUGCCCAAACAGAUGCCGUCAGCGCCGGAAGCGACCUCGUCAGCUUCGGCUUCGGCGUCGGCGUCAGUGGCGCCAUUUCCAACCACGAAGGCAACUGUGUCGAUACUUGGAUCAGCGCGUCCUGCUGGCGUACAUGCCAUAUCGACGCCCACAACUGCCGCGGCAGUGCCAUCCACAGCUGUGCCUUUGGAUCGCGUGAUUCGAGACAUGGAUUCAAAGACCUGGCCGCCACACCCAACGGCCUUUCUGGCACCAGAUUCGUGCAUGUCGGAGAAAGAAAGCUCAGCAGGGUUGGCGACGCAUCCAUUGCCACCAUGGACCUCGUUGCAUGUAUAUACAGACGGCGACAAGUCACAGGCCCACGCGCACAUACGCCUUGAUACGUGUCCAUCACAUGCGCUGGCACUUCCACCAGGCACACGCUCAACACAAUGGCGUUGGAUCGUGGACAAGGAUAUGCCGCAGGCGGGCGUGCGCGUCCUGUUGGAUGGACUGGAGGCGCAGGGUCACUGGGAUGGUUCAUCGUAUGCGGUGACGUGGAACAUGCCUGCAGGAGAACAUGUGCUUGAGGCGCUCUGGUUUCGAGACAAUGGCUCCCCAGCUGGUCGCGCACACAUUUACAUUCAUAGUCCUUGA